AAUGCCCGAACUCAAAACACUUCUUUUUCCAAGAUGGCGUCGAUGAAGGACAGCGACACCGGCCUGUGGCUUCACAACAAGCUUGGCUCCACGGACGAGCUUUGGACGCCCCCGAGCAUCGCCUCCCUCCUUACCGUGUCGGUAAUCGACAACAUACGGCUGUGCUUUUCGAGCCUGUCGCCGCCGGUGAAGCUGAAGCUGCUGCUCGGGAUGCUGCACCUCCCCAGGCGGACCGUUGACGAGAUGAAAGAAGCCCUGUCGGAAAUAAUCCAGCUGGCUACUGUGGACUCAGAGCCCUGGGUGCUGAUGGUUGCUGACAUCCUCAAGUCCUUCCCAGAGACUGGCUCUCUCAAUCUGGACUUGGAGGAGCAGAAUCCAAAUGUGCAAGAUAUUCUUGGCGAGCUCAGAGAGAAAGUGAGUGAAUGUGAGGCAUCUGCAAUGCUUCCUCUGGAGUGUCAGUACCUGAACAAGAGUGCAUUAACCACUCUGGUUGGUCCACUUACACCCCCCGUCAAACAUUUCCAGCUGAAAAGGAAGCCGAAGAGCGCCACCCUCAGAGCAGAACUGCUCCAGAAAUCCACAGAGACAGCUCAGCAGCUGAAAAAGACAGCUGGAGUGCCUUUUCAUGCCAAAGGGAGAGGACUGGUCAAAAAGAUUGACACUACUACUCCUCUCAAGGGGAUUCCCAAGGCCCCAUUCCGCAACCCCACUACUCCCAGUAUGUUCAGUCCUCCCAGUAACCGCACACCCAUUGCACCUGCACGGACUCCGCUGCGUAAGGAGAGGGGCGUCAAGCUGUUGGACAUCUCAGAGCUGGAAAUGGUCGGUGCUGGAAGAGAAGCUAAGAGGAGAAGAAAGACUUUGGAUGCGGAGGCUGGAGAGAAAGCAGCUAAAGAAGAAGCAGUGGUGGAAAACACCACACCAGACUAUGCUGCUGGACUUGUCUCUGCACAGAAACUGGGGGCGCUGAAUGAGAAUCCUCUGCCAUCAACCAGCUACCUACCAGCUACACCCAGCAUGGUUCCCUCUUCCUCUUACAUUCCCAGCUCUGAGGCACAGCCAGCAAAUGCUGGUGGUUCUGGUCGGGACACGCUGCAGUCGGCUCGUCAACCGGAGGAGUCUGCAACAGCGGGCGCUGGUGCCACCCCCACUUUACCGGGCCAAUACAAACAGAGGACGCCUAUGUACAACGCCAGCACCACAGCCAAUCCAGCAACGCCCACAUCCCCCAGCACACCGGCCUCCACCCCAGCCAACAAUGGACCCCCAGCUGCUGCAACUGCUAGCCAGCCAGAGACACCCACCCAGCCUCCCGGCACACCACAGACUACCACCCCAACUCCAACGCCUACACCCCCACAGCCCCAGCCUAAAAAGAAUCUCUCACUCACGAGGGACCAGAUGUACGCUGCCCAGGAGAUGUUCAAGACGGCCAACAAGGUCACCAGACCAGAGAAGGCCCUAAUCCUGGGCUUCAUGGCUGGAUCCAGAGAGAACCCAUGCCCGGAGCAGGGGGACAUCAUCCAGAUCAAGCUGAGCGAACACACAGAGGUUUUGCCCAAAGCCGACGGCACAGGCAGCACCACCAUGCUGGUGGACACAGUUUUCGAAAUGAACUACUCCACAGGACAGUGGACCCGUCUCAAGAAAUACAAACCUAUUACCAAUACCUCUUGAGGUGCUUCAUUCCCAUCAAAAUCACACACACACAUCCAAAUUUCUUAUCCACACCAACAACAAAAAAACAAGUAUUUGCAGACACACUUGGGCCAAAUUAAGCACUGGGAGGACGAGAGAACGUCAAGGAGAGAACACAUCCUCCCUUUUCCUGCACUGCCAGAUUGCAGGACUCUGAAGAAUAUUACUGUCUUUUUUUUUUUGUUGUUGAUUGUUCUCCUUUUACUGUUUCUGUUUUUAAGUCACCUCCCACCUGAGUGAUGCUGUGGUCAGGAGGGGAGAGAGUGUUACAGAGGACAUAAUCUCAUGAUGAGCACCUUUUCAACAUUUUGUACUCUGAGGUACAAGCAUGUCACGUGUCGAGACAGAAGACACUGUAUUUUUCUGUGUCAUGAGGCAUCCAGCAGCUUAUUCUUCUACCUUUCAGAGCAGAGUCAUGGUAGAUGUUUCAUAAUUUUUCAUCCUUUUUCAAAAGAAGGAAAGAAAAUAAAAUGACAAGGACAGUUCUCAUCA